AACGACUUCAUCUUGUCGACGCUCCUUCGCUUUCUUUCGUUUCUUGGGUGAGGGGCUUUUCUCCAGCCUCUCAACUUGGCCAUUCAAUGGCGCCUAAAUUCAGAGACAGCGACACUGUCGCGUCGUUCAACGGCAAAUGGAUAUCUCACGCACACACUGGAAUGGCCUACUGCGCCUUCGUCGGAGCCCUCGUUGUUGGAAUGUGGCUCCACUACCACAAAAUCGUGCAGAAUGAAUUCUAUGGCUAUCCAGAAGAGUGGUUCCCCUCCGUGUCUGCCACCAUUGGCGACCGCUACCCCGAGCGCUCCGUCUUCAUGCUCUUCAUCGCCCUCACGUCCGGGCCUCGAUUCGCACUGGUUGGACUGUGGUACAUCCUGACGCGCCGACGGAACUCGUCGCUUCCCAAGUUCAUCGCUGCCGUGGGCGCGUUCCGAACAUUCACAUGUGGAGGCUGGACAUACGUGACGUCGACUGACGACCACAACUGGCACGACAUCUUCAUGAUCUCAUACCUUGUCGCCACACUUCCCUGGACACUAGGCUGCCUUGCCCUGAGUCCCCAGAACCCAACAGCCAUCAGGUACCGCAAGAUCUUCGCUGGGUCCUUCUUUGCGACCCUGGUGCCGCUUAUCUACUUCUUCAUUCAGCAUAAGGUGCACCGUGUAGCUGGAGCAUACACCACAUACGCCUUCUUUGAAUGGGCACUCGUCCUGCUCGACGUAGCAUUCGACUCUGUCACGGCCAUUGAGUUUGCCAACUUGGAGAUUGUGAUAAAGGACGUCCAAGGCGUAUCACGCGGUGCUGGCAACAAAGCCGUCUCUGACGCCGUCCUCGAGAAGGAAAAGGAGAAGGAGAUUGGCGCCGUCUUUUCUGGAGCUUUCUCAUGGAUGGGCCUUAUUGAUGCCGCAGCUGAUGUUUACAAUGGGUUCGUCUUCUGGUCCAUGUUGACUGCUCUUGGCCUUUGUGUCUGGUAUUUUCCCCUGUGGUACAUGGGCAUCUGCGGUUAUGAAGUCUUGGUUCUGGUCACCAUAUCUCCUUUCCUGCUGGUUGUGAAAUCGUUCCGUUACCUUAUCGUUCGCCACGUUCGGAUCUGCCAUUUACUGUCGCUCUCAGGCCUACUGUCGUUUCUCGCCAAGUCUCCCAAAUGGCGCUUGUUCUCUGCUGCAUUCGGUGUGUUCAUGGCUUGUCUUUCAUGGUCUGCAACAUUCCACGCAGAGAGAUCCCAGCCACGCCGUCUCGAGGCACGCAUCUCGGCAUUCUGUCUUGGACUACUAGCUUCCAGUAUUGCCAAGUUUGCAUUCUACACGAACAACCCCAUCUGGCCAGUCAUGCACGAAGAAAACGGCGGAUGGAAUAAGACUGGACUUGUUGUAGCCGUCUUUGCUAUUCUCAUCUCGACUAGGUCCACGGCCAGCUCUGGUGCGGACCUUCCUGCGCCGGGCCCUGCUAAAGGGUCAGCCGUGUUUGCAAGCUUUGGUAUUGCGGGAUUGUUCUUUGCCAUGCAUUCAUUGCUUUCUGACUCCAGCACCAUGAUCUCCUGGGUCUGGGAAGGCUAUCCUGUCCGUGGCCCGUUGGCUGUUCCCCAUGGAGCGUGGACUCAUCUCGCCAUGGGCUUUGGGCUUGUCAUCGGGCUUUUCGCACCUAAUCUCUCCAGGUCGUGGGCUUUCUAUGGCGUGGGUUCAAUUGGUGCUGCUCUCCUGACUACCACCAGCCACUGGACUGGUUACUAUGGUGGACUUGUCCUCGCUGUGUACACUAUGGCUGCUGCUCCGGCACUCAUUACUCACGCAGCUCGCUUCUCUCCAGCCAAAACAUUUGGUCUUGGGUUCUUCGUCUACAACUUGAUGGUUCUCUUCCACGUCUGGAUCGUAGCAUAUGCAUUUGUUCCUGGCGGACCUCUUGUUCGCGAACGUACGGAUUGGGUCAUGACAUCCAUGAUGCUCCAGAUUGGUGCAGGUGUCUUCAGCGUCUCAGCUCAACCACCAGUUGCGAAGAGCUACAAGGGCAAAGCAGUUGUAACCGCAGCCGCCAGCCGCCAGCGAUCCUACUACCUCUACGUUCUCGGCGUUCUCGAACUUCUCGCCAUUGCCACAGCAUACCUGCGCUUCCCAUCCUACAACUACACCCCCUACCAUCCGGAGACCAAGUCCAUCACAGCUGGUAUCUGGACUAUUCACUUCUCCCUCGACAACGAUAUGUGGUCUUCCGAGCACCGCAUGCGCGACCUGAUCAAAGAGAUGGAAGUCGACGUAAUUGGCCUCCUCGAAAGCGACCUUCAGCGCAUUAUCAUGGGCAAUCGCGACACGACUCAAUUCCUUGCCGAAGACCUAGGCAUGUACGUCGACUUUGGCCCAGGCCCCAACAAGCACACCUGGGGCUCCGCCCUCCUCUCCAAGUUUCCCAUCGUCAACUCUACACACCACCUCCUACCGAGUCCUGUCGGCGAGCUUGCGCCUGCCAUUGAAGCUACUAUCAACGCGCACGGCCGACUUGUGGAUAUCUUCGUCUUCCACUCCGGCCAGGAAGAGGAUCCUGAGGACCGCAGGCUGCAGUCUGAGUACCUGGCCAAGCUCAUGAAAGCCACACCACGACCGGCUAUCCUACUCAGUUACUUGGUCACGAAGCCCGGCGAAGGCAAUUACAACACGUAUGUCGGUGAGAAGAGCGGAAUGAAGGACAUCGACUCGAGCGACUGGGACAGAUGGUGCGAAUACAUUCUCUACAAGGGAUUGAAGCGCACAGGAUACGCUCGCGUGUCCAGGCAUACGAUUACGGAUACGGAAUUGCAGGUCGGCAAGUUCGUCGUCGAUCAGCCUGAAAAUGGAAAUGAACAGAUUCCUGAAGAUCAGGUCCCGCCUGGACUACGCUUCCCGGACUUGUUCAAGCGCGAUGGCGUUAGAGGGCAUCGCUACCAUGCGUUUAGUGAUCCGCAUUACUCGGAACCGAGGUAUUAUGCUUAGGUUGGGAUGGCUGCGGGAAAGGGGAGGAACGCAAGUGAGGGGAUUGGCAAUGGGGAUGUGGAGAGACGGGAUGAUGUGAGAGUUUGUCAAAAUUACGUUGCGUUGACGUUCGUGCGAGGCUGUAUGAUAUCUUGUGAGAGAAAGAGGAAUGUACAUGUUUGGUCUA